AAUGUUGCUUGGUAUUUCUUAAGGUUAGGUUUGGAGAUUGGAAGGAUGAUAUAUGUGGGGUGCCUGGCUCCCUGGAUGCCAAUUAAGAAAGCUUGUCGAUUUUUUGGAUCGGCUCUUCCUUUGUUGGCAUCAGGUAGUCAAGCACGUGAAAUCUCUUUAUAAUUUCUAUCGAAAACAUUACAGCAGGGGUAGUUUCGCCUUCUUUCGAGUUUUCUUCGUUCGUGGUCCAAGAUCUUUCAUUAAGGAUAAUCUCAAAGGUGAUCCAUAUGCAUCAAGGGUUUUUAUCUACAUCGCAAUCGAAACCAAAAAUUCAGAAGAUGUUGAAAUGAUCUUACUCAAAGAUUCUUUUACUUAUUCAUCUGAUUUACAUCCCUCAAAAUCUCCAACUACUACAUGUAUCAAAAUCUCCGACCGCCGUCCGGUCAAGCCGACGGCAACCCCUGUAUUCUUCUCUCGCCACUACAUGCACUAAAUUUCAGAGAUUGAAAUUCGUACAUUCUUUAGAACACUCUGUUGUUUUUCCCCACUUGCAUUAGGAAAGACUCUGUUUUUUACAUGAUGGCGCAAGAGUAAGGGUCAUUAUUGUAAUAGUGCCCGCCGGCGGCGGGGUUCAUCUGGUAGACGUAGUGAGGCGGGCCACCGGCGUACCCGUACGACCAAAUGGCGGCCGGCAGCGGCGGCGGUUUGGAAUCUUGAUCCUCCGGCUUCUUGUCCUCCUCCUUCUUCUCUUCCACAGGGCCGAGGCUGACGAGUUCAGCGUGUCCCACUUUGUUCCGGAGCAGAGUGACGAGCGCCGCCGAGUCGAUUCCGUCGCCGGUGACCACGAUUUGGGUCUUCUCCGGCCCGUCCAAGGACGCCGAGUCGACUCCGUUGGCACCCACGACGAUCUUCAUCGCCUUGGAUCGUGACUUGUCUUUGUUCAUUGAGACCUUGAUCACUAACUUUUGCUGUUUGGAACCCAAAUAAUAAAAAAAAAAAAAAACUAGCCAUUCAAUGAAUCCGUUGCAGGACACAAGUGGAAAGUCGACUUCAAAUAUGAGAUGGGUUUAGUGUUCUUACCUUCAUGAUUGAGAUACGGAUGAGAAUCGAGCUAAUCAAGGUGAAUUUUUUGUAUCAGAGGGAGGGAAAGGAAGCUUUGAUUGAAGCUUUGAUUUUCCUGGGGAUUGGUGUUUCUGGGCAUUUAUAUGCAUGCAAAAACAGGGGAGGUUGUUUGGUUGUGUGGAAAAAUGGGGUCUGUACAUUUUCCAAGCAGUAACAGAGAAUCUCCAAGGAAAUGAUCGCUUGGAGCCCACAGCAGAGCAGAGGCUCACCACCGGGAAUUUGUUUGUUUGGUUAUUAAAGGGAAGGGUAAAAAUUCCAUGUUUGGUCACUUAAUUUACUAAAAAGUAUAAUGUUUAGUCAUUAAAAAUAUUUAAUUCCAAUAUCGGU